AUGGGACUUGAACCUUAUAAGAUAAUACUUCAUUUAUUAACAAAAGAAGGACCACAAACAUCAAAACAAUUAUUUUCAUAUGUAACAAAAUAUCCACAAUUAAUAUCUCAUAAACAUUUAAAACAAAAAAUAUUACUUCAGAUGCAAAAUUCAAAAUUAAUUUAUAAAAAGGUAUCAAGGGAUCCUCAACUUACAAAAUUACCAGCGGAUAGGGAAGUAUUUCUUUGGUUUAUUAAUGAGGAUAAAGUUAAAAAGUCAUCACAUAAGAAAUUGGAUCCCGGAUUCAUAGUAAAUGAAAGUGAAGUUGAUUAA